CUUCAUUGCGUAGAUUCGUGUGCUUCAAAGUUUAGACCAAUGAGGGAUACGUAGGUAGGUAAGCACGAGAACCCGCACUAUAAGACCGUCUAAGCCAGCAAGUUCAUAUCCUCCUUAAGUCCGUAAUCGUAUCCAGAUUCCAGAAAAUCCUCAACAACUGAGAUCUCCCCACUCCUAGUCGUGCACUCCGCCUAUUCCAGUCUGUGCGGUUACCGUAUUAAAUCGUGAUACAAUGUCCUCCUCCAACCCACCCAAGACGGCGGUCCAGCAUUUCAACCAGACCGCUGCCGCGUACGAAGCAAGCACCGGGGGCUGCACGCGAGAGCUAGCCCGGCACGUAGUUGGCUUGCUCCCCAACCUAGACGACAAUUCCGUGGUCCUAGACAAUGCCUGCGGCACGGGGAUCGCCGCCGAGGAACUCUUGCAUCACAUGGCAACCCGCAACGUCAAACCCGCGACAUUACACCUCGUCGACGCCGCUCCCGGCAUGGUGGCCAUAGCCCGGGACAAGUUCGAAGGGCAGCAACCAAACUUGAAUAUUCACUGCGCCACGAUGCCCGCCGAAAGGCUGGAUUUCCCCGACAAAACAUUCACCCACUCCAUUACCAACCUGGGCAUCCUGUUCUUCACAGACGCCGACCAGGGAGCCAAGGAGAUCUUCCGCACGCUCAAACCAGGCGGGACGGCAGUCGUGACGUCGUGGCAGGAUCUGGGGUAUCUGCCGCUUCUGCAUCAGGCGCAGCAGACGGUUCGUCCCGAUGCCCCUCUGAUCAACUUGCCGAUAAAAGAUGUUUGGUUCCGGCCCGAGCAUGUGCGGGAAGUGCUAGAGAGAGCAGGGUUUGGGGAAGUGGAAGUUUCAGCGGCGAGGGUACAUUACGCUGGGGAGCGGGCUAGGGAUGUGUCGUCCCUUUUGAAUACCCAGACCAAGUCUUCCCUUCAGGAUUGGAGUGAGGAUGAGCUGGGGAGAUUUGAAGAUGCGCUGGACGAGCUCAUUGAAGCUGCUGCGGAGAAGUUUGAAAAACCGGAUGGCUCCGCGGCGAUGGGUAUUCCCAUGGUUGCGAUUGUUGCUGUUUGCAGGAAGUAGCACCAGAAGAACCAGA